AUUAGUGCGGACGCGCGAGUAAUAUCGAAGUGUCGAAGAGAAAUUGUUCUAGUCUCUUUAUCUUAUCGUGGCUGAUCCUAUCAUCGUGUAAAUACAGAAAAAAGCACUUUUAUUAUUCGACUUUAGCAGUACGAAUAGUUUUCGCUGGAAAUUAAGACGAGAACAAUCGACGGAGAUGUCAAAGAAUGCGAAGAGAAAGGAGAGAAGCUCGAUCGUGAAGUGUGAGAUUCACGUGUGUGUGCUGACUCGUGCGUGAGAGCGCUGUUCGUGUGCACCUCUAAACUAUUUGGUGUCAGUGUGCGUGUCGUGAGUAUACAGCAGUGUAUACCUUUUUAAAGGUGGAAAGAGAAGAGACGAGGAGAGAGAUCAUGACAAUGGCAACGACCAACGGCCAAGUGGGUCUCUGACCCCACUGGACAAUAAAAAGAUUCGUGUUUAAAUAGUAUUCUAUGUGCGAGGUUAAAGUGCGACGCCACGCGAGAAACACUCGAAUCGUCGUGGAAUCGUUGCGCGAACUUGGCUUGGUGUUUCAAGCGGAGAUAUCAGUUAAUUUUAGAAACUCUGAUGGAUCUGUUACCACGACUUUGCCAUGAUUCACGUUCCGUUCUCGGCUGAGCAGAAGGAACAACGAACCGCUUUCCUUUGUCUGACAACGAGGAACAUGGGAAUUUAGAUCGAGCCUGUAGAUUCCUGGAUCGGAACUGAAAAAGCAUGGAAACGUGACGUAGAUGCUGGGGACCGAAGCAUGUGGCGCAGCUUCUACGUUCCUGGAUCCUUCGGUUAAAAACGAGUGGCGAGGCAGAAAAAUUCCCAUUCGAGAUGGAGGAGAAACCGAUACCGAAACCUAGAUCGGUGAUGACGGAGCGACCGGUACCAGCACCGAGGAGGCUGCCACCAUCGUUGCCAGCAGCUCGAUUUAGUAGCCACAGCGAUUCCAGUCAAUCGGAGAAAAGCGACGACGCGAAGUCGAUAUCGGAUACAAGAAGCUCCAACAAUGAAUUUUUCCGCAAUCUGAGCAGUAGUUCCCGACAGUUGAAGGACGAGAUUUCGGAGAAGAUGACUCUGAAAAGUCGUGCGGUAAUUUCAAGCACGAGGAAUGCUAGUAUUAGGUUGGAAAAAUCGGUAAAAAACCUUUUAACACGACGAUUAACCUCGUUAAAUCAGGAUGAUCUUCUUCGAGAUAAUUCAGCCGGCAACAAGAAGUUCAAAGAUCCUGUAGAGGAUGAAAGAUGCGUCUCGAUGCCGGCUGAUGAUAUUUUCAGCAGCAUUUCGUUCUACAGUCCCCUGAACAGUAAUCUGAGAAGCGUUCGAAAUGAGGAGGAUCUUUCCGGGACGCGUCACAGUCCACCACCUCCUGCAUAUCCUCCUCCACAUCCUGACGAGUCUAUCUACGACGAACUGCAGUCCGUCACGUCGGGCAGCAGUCGAUAUGACACGAUCAGCUCGACCAUCUCUGACAAAGUCGACAGGGACUUCCCCGAAUCGUUUGAUCUCCUCAAUUUCGCACUUAAUCAGGCCAGUGAUUCGGAUCAGAGUUUGAACCUCUCCGACAUUAGCGUGGCUCUACCGCAAGACAAAUCGGAUAAUAUCAAGAGAUUAUACAGGUCUGACUCCUGGACUUUCUACGAUACUGCACCAGUGAGUAAAUCCGAAAGAAUCGAAGAGCUGGACAGGGUGUCUAGCGCAGAAGAGGAUAUCCUGGACAAAGAGGCACCUCAUCUCGAUCAAACGUCAACUGCAUCCAAUGACAGUCAGGCAUCCAUUCAAAAUUCCUUGUAUGAAAAUCUGUCGUCGCAGAAAACACAGGAGGAGAAAGAAACAAUGUGCAAUAAUACAGAGAAUAGGCAACAGAGCAGUAGAUCUUUGUUAUUCGAAUUUGAUCCAUUCGCGAAGACUGACGAGAACGUGUAUAGCAACUUUGAAAAUAAUGAUCUGAUGUUGUUGGAAACUUUAUUGGCAACCAACGAUUCACCGAGCAGCUCUGGUAGCAUCCUCGACUUCCAAGAAGCAGUUGAUAACGAGGAAGAGAUUGACGUGGAUGAAGAUGAUGUGGAGCAAAUUUCAUCGGUUCCACCGGAACCACCAAGAAGAUUUGACUCAUUGCCGAAGAAUGAAUACGAUGAAGUCACUGAAAUUGUCCCACAACCGGAUAAAAACGCUACGGGGAAAAAUCCAGCUUUGCUACCGAAAUUAGCGCACUUAGUGACACGAAAACAACCUGCUGUUCCGCCUAGGAAAUCAACGGCAAAGAGUCGUGUGAAUGAGGAGCCAGCUUCUCCUACUACAACGUCCAAAACUGGGACUACAACGAGUAAAGGUAAUCCAGCCACGACUGCGACGAGCACCACUGCGCCAGCCAAUGCCGAUGAAUCUUCGAGUCCUUCAAGCGGUAAGGCCACAGAGGAGCACAGACACGUGGGCGUGAUACAGAGAUUAAAAAAAUUGAGGCACGAGUCCGCAGGGCAUGGGAUCAGGCCGAACGUGAUGAGUUUUGUGAAAAGUGGCAGUAAAUUGUUGUCCAGAAAUCGUGACCACGGAGGCGCUGUGCCAAGCACGAAAUCAACGAAACUGGAAAGGCCAAGGGUGAAUAAUCUGCAAAAUCCUGCGACGCAUCGGGGAAUCGUUUAUAGGACUGGUGUAGGCAUAGAAAGGGCAAAGGACCUCGUGCCGAGGGCAGCGGUCUUGGCCGAGCAGAAGCUCUCGUUUUAUACUGAUAAGGGCAUGUCUACUCUAAAGGAGAUCGUUCACCUCAACACAGUGUACAGCAUUCAUCUCCUCCAGGACUUUAAGAUAGUUGAUGGAGAAACCGUACAUUGCAUAGCAAUUAGCGGGGAAGGAAGACCAAGCGUUCAUGUGUUCUACGCGAAGGGUAUAGCAGAACGAAGAAUCUGGGCUCAAAGAAUACUAGAGGCCAUUACUACCAUUUUUCCCACGAAAUACACGGCUGAACUGACGAGAGUAGGAUGGGCCUACUUGAAGGAAGGCGUAACGGGCACGUGGUUUCCGGCUUGGGUUCUCUUACACCAACGAACGUUAAUUUACACGAAAUCUCUCGAUUCCUUUAUGGCCAUAAGUUUUGGAGAACUUGAUCUUCGGAAAGCUCGAUGUAUCGUUUUACGAGAACAAGAGGGACCGAAUGCUGAUGCCGGACCAAUUCCAGUGGUGGUCGUUGACGCAGGUGGUAGCGGAGCAUUACACGUGGCUGCACCAGGAACUCACGAAGGAUCUGCAUGGAGACACGCACUUUAUCAAGCGGCUAUUACCUGUGGUCCUGCUUUAGAGCAACAACAACUCACGCAGGAUAAUGUGCCCGUGAUUCUCGACAAGUGUAUUAACUUCAUUUAUGUUCAUGGUAUCAUGUCGGAGGGCAUUUACCGUCAAAAUGGGUCCAAUAAAAGUGUGGUUAAAUUAUUAAAGGCGUUUCGUCGCGACGCAUGGGCGACGCAAAUUACAAGAAGUGCAUACACAGAACACGAUGUUGCUACGGUUCUCAGAAGGUUUCUCCGUGAUUUACCGAAUCCAUUGUUUCCUCCUAACAUUCACGAUCGCCUUUGUUUUACUUCAGGAAACGUUAAUGAAAACGAACGAGUUACUGCAUAUAGAAAGCUAUUAUCGACGCUAACUCCAAUAUCGGCGGCGACGCUUAGGAGGAUUCUUGCUCACCUUCACUGUUUGAGUCAGCAGAGCUCCCGUAAUCUAAUGACCGGCGAAAAUCUUUCCGCGAUCUGGGGACCAACUUUGAUGCAUGCUGGCGAAAGUAACGCAGAGGAAUGGAACAGAUCUGAGACUAGGGUAAUUGGUGACCUGAUCAAGCUAUAUCCGAAACUAUAUCAGUUAACUGCCGCGGAUUUAGCGAAAGAGGCAAAAAUUUUGGAAGUCCUCGAAAAGCAUCAUGGUUCAAAUAAUGGUUUGCGUGGAGCACCAUCUGGUGAUCUGAAGAUUUGGAUAUAUAUUUUCUCAAGGAAUGGGGAGUGCGUCAAUGUGACGAUUGGACCACAAAAGACUGCGUUCGACGUGUGUCAAGAACUGGCGGACAAAACUAAUAUGCCAGCUCAUGAACUGUGCCUGGAAGAAUAUACUUUGUCUGGUGCACUGGAAAGACCACUGCAUCACAGAGAGCGUGUCCUCGAAGCAGUGGCAAGGUGGGGAUACUGGGAUCCCGAGGAUAGAAAGGACAACGUCCUCAUACUUAAGAAAGAUCGACUACACAAGGAUAUAGUGCCUUUGAUAAAACCAUCGAUGACAACGUCUGGUGAACUUAAAUUUGCUGACACAAAAUCGAAAAAUUUUAAGAACUACCUCUUCGAAUUUAGUCACGCGAAACUUUAUUGUUACAAAGACAAAGGUUGCGCAAAUGUAUUAUCUGAAUGGAAAAUAGAAGACAUCAUUUGGUAUUUAGGUCAUGAGCCAAAGCGAAAUCCACAGACAGGAUGGUCCAUCACAUUCAUAGCUAAAAAUAAAAAACCAACAAGGUGUAAAGAAAGUCCAUUUUUUGGAAACACUUUAGCAGGAUCAUUGAAAGAAGAACAAAUCAAAUGGAUAGCAGCUAUGGUUUUCGGAGAAUAUCAACUAAAUGUCCGACCUCCAUCAGUCAAUCUUAUGGAUCUAUAAAUGAUUAACUUAUUUUCUUAAACUGUGCUACUUAGUGCCUUCAAAAUUCAUGUAUAAAUUUCGUUUGUCAUAAAUUCAGUG